AUUUAGCAUGAGUAUCAACUUUAUACUACAUAUACACUUAACGACUAAAGAUAUACACACACACACACAUGUAUGUAUGUGUGGUAUGUGGUACAACUAAGACGACAACCGGAUGUAGCACACACGAAAAACGAUUACCAAAUCGGAAGCGGAAGCUGGCAACGAUUAAUUGAUUGAUUGAUUGGGGACUUUGAUGACGGGCAAAAACAAUUAAAAAUACUAUACAAAAUCGAAAAAAAACAAAAACAUGCAAGUGUUUUUCUUGAAGUUUUAUUUCUGGGUGAACUUUUGAUUUGGGGAAAAAAACAUUGCCUACUUAUCGGUGUUUCCUUAGCACUUUCAGGGAUUUUGGAUUUCAUUAUAAAAAUAAUGAUUGUGACCUGAACAGAGAUAGGCAUUAUUAGUAUUUAUUAUUUUUUUUUUUCGAAACAAAAUAUAUGAGGAUGGAUGACAGGACGUAUGAGUGAUAUUUAAAAUUUAUAUUAAAUAUUGCUCAUACGACUCGUUAUCAGGUAGUAUUUCGAUUUAUAAUAUUACUCAUACGACACUUAGCCCACAUUUUUUUAAAUAGGUUAUAAGUUUCUGCCUAUUAUACUCCCAUUUAUAUAUUGGUAGAGGAUCCGAUAAUCCUAAUAAUAUUUAUCUAGUGUCCAAGUCUCAAAUUCAUAUUAUAUAUUGAUCAUACGACUCGUUUUCAAGAGGUAUUUCGUUUUACAAUAUUACUCAAACGCCACUUUGCCCAAUUGUUGGGAUAGGAUAUAGGUUUCUGUCUAUGAUAUUGCCAAUUUAUAUAUCGGUAAAGGAUCCGAUAAUGGAUGACAGGACGUAUGAGUGAUAUUUAUAUAGAUCGCUUUUAUAUCAGAUAAAGUUAAGAGUAAAGUUGCAAUAACUUUCUGAAAUUGUAUAUAAUUAAUAAAAGAUAUUUUAGAAUGUUUUUAAAACUUAUCUUGUAUCCAAGUCUCAAGUUCAUUUUAAAUAUUUCUCAUACGACUUGUUGUCAAGUAGUAUUUCGUUUAAAAAUAUUACUCAUACGACACGAUAGCCUUCUGUCUAUGAUAUUACCAAUUCAUAUAUCGGUAGAGGGUUCGAUAAUCUUAAUAAUACAUGUUUCUUUUUUUCUUGUCUUCUUUAGAUAACUUUUUCUCUGCAUAUACUACCAAAACGCCCUCUGUGGAUUGUGUCUUCCAACGAUUUAUCGAUAAAGGAUGCGAUAUGCAAGUCUUUCGGCUACUGAAAACACACAACAGAGGUCGCUUUGCUGCGCAAUCAGCCAGCGGGAGAGCUCUAUUUCUCCGGCUCAUAGUCGCUCUUUUUUCCUAGCCCGGCAAGCGAUGGCGUUCCAAUGUUUACAUUUUAACGACCUCAAAUCCAAGCGCCUGAACCAUCGUUUGAGCAUCGGGUGCGAAUCCUCUGUACGAUGAAGCUUCGUGUCCUCGGCUCUCAGCUGCUGUCGCUGCUUUCACAGCCGCUGAUUUUGCCACAGUGGCUCUGUUAUUUGUGCGUGCGCGUUGCCAAUAAACGGGCAGCGGCCUCUGCUCAGCUUUUGUGUGAUAAAAAUUUUGGAUUCCUGUGGAUUCCGAUUGAUAGUUUAUCGUUUAACCGUUAGCCAAUUAAUCAGCGUCUGUGUGUUCCCCAAUUUUUUAACCGGUAUUAAUUAUUAUUCCCAUUGAUUAUGUUUCUGUGUAUGUGUGAGUGUGUGUUUGUGUGUUUGUGUGUGUUUGUAUGUGUGUGCUGGCCUCAAAAUAUAGGCAACAUGAAGUAUCAAAACGGUUUUAAGCACAGCCAGCUUCCUCGCGCUCUCUCUCAAUCUCGCCCACUCGCUAUCUCUCUGGAUUCCUCUACAGCGCAAUGUGUUUGUGUUAUACACAGGACACGGCUGCGAAUACAGCCGCAAAAAGCGAACUCACACGUAUACGGAAACGGGACUGGAUACCGUAACUUUCCUUGCGCCCACGCACGACCACAUCCACAUUCCUAGCGGCAAGAGCGCACUCGCUCCAGUCGUUUUCUCGCUCUUCCGUUAUUCGGGUUUUUCGCUCUCUAACUUGGACAGUGGGUUUGAUUGGAUUUGUACUAAAUUGGCAUAGUUAAUGUUUUCGAUUAUAUUCCUUUAUAUUUGGUUAAGUCGCCUUAAGGUUUUUACUCUUAAUAGUCCUCUUGAAUAUAUUAUCUUAAUAUUUAUAAAUAUUACUACAAUCCGAUUGUCUAUAACUCAUUAAUUUGUUCUAUAUAACUAGUAAAAUAUGUUAAAUGAAUAACAGAAAGUGUGCCAAGAUUUCCCCAUCAACCCACUGUGCAUAGAGACACUGUCCCUGUUUUCGUCGUCUUCUUUUUUUUGGCUUUUUUUUUUCGGGUGAACUGAAAUGAUGUUGACUCAACGUGCCAGCAGCCAGCCAGGCGCUAACGGUAACAGCAACAACAGCUACAGCUACAACAACAACUACGGCAACAACCUAACAACGAGACAACAACUGCGUUGUAGUCGUGGUAUUCGCAGCAUUUAAUAAGUGUAUUUUCCACGCUGUUUGGCAAAUAACUAACGCAAAAUUACACAAAUUGUGUGCUAGAAUUAGAUGCUGAAGGUGGAAGAAGAAAAACCAAGUGCUAUUAUAAAAAACUGUGCUGAUAACGGAGGAAGAAAAAGGAAAAAAAAACGUAACUCCUGUGAGUAAGCCAGAGAGGACGAGAUUCAGAGAGAGAGAGAGAGAGAGUGAGUGAGUGAGAGGAAGUGGAAAAAAUUCGUCAUUCAUUCACAAGUGCAAUGUAAAAAGACAACAACAACAAUAACAACGGCAACAGAAAGGGGCGCUGAAAUAGAGCGGCUUAGGCAACAAAUAAAACAAAUAAAAACAACAACAACAAAAAGCGAAAUGAGUGAAGCGCGUGCUUAACCUAAAAGUGCAGGCCACUCACCCACACAAUUAAACACAAUCAGGAACUCAAACAGGCUAGCACAUACAGUUACAGUGCUAUACACAGACAAACACAUACAUACAUACAUAUACGUACAUGUGGAGUCUUAGACUCAAAUUCAUGCUCUUUGUUUUCCACUUCCGCAUAUCCACAGACAACAACAACAACUACAGCAACAAUCGAAAUAACAACAACAACAACAACAAUGCAUAGUUCCUGCUGAGUAGCUUUUUUGUAUAAUCGAAUGAGUGUCCUUUUUGUGUACUUGUGUAAGAUCCAAGGUAAGCCAAGAUGAAAGCCAAUCGAGCAGUGACACCAACAACAGCCACAGCAACAACAACAACAACUAUCCCAACAACAACUAAACACUGCCGCCUACAAACAAUAAGUUAACAACAACAUCUUAGAAGAAAGAAAAAAAACUGAAAGACAACCAUCCAAGGAAAAAGCAAAAAGACGAAGGAGUUUGGCCAAAAAGGAAUAUAUCUAAGGAAGAGCAUCCAACCCUCGUAGCUAGCUUAAAUUAACCUUAGAAAGAAGAACCAACAACAGCCCAACCUAUAGCCAAUGUUUAUAGUCAACACAAACAAACAAAUCUUCAAAUAUCAACUAACAACAACUGCCAAUAACAACAAUCUUCUUUGUUUAGUUUAACAACUUAAAAUUAAAACACCAAAUGAAUGUUAAUAACCAGAAAUAAAUCACCAACAACAACAACUAUUUAAAGAAACUCUACAACAAUAUCAAGAACUUCAACAACGAAAAGGUUAACAACUAGCUGUUAUAAAGACUAAAAACUAAAAACUAAAAACUAAAAACUUCCCAGCAAUUGCUAAAACGUUACGAAAAAAUUCCAAAAAAAAGGGCUUACCAAAAAAUCAUCAACAACUAUUUAGAUGAAAACCAACUAACGGAAACUCGCACUAAAGUUAAAACUCAACUUAAAAAUUCAACUUAAAAACUCAACUUAAAAACUCAUCUUAAAAACACUCAUCAAAACUUAAUCUAUAUGUUGUGGGUUAUUAAAAGUAUCUUAUUAGAUCUACGGCUUCCAUAAAUUUAAAACAUUAUAACCUAAACUUAAGGACAUUCUUUAUAUACGUCGAAAAGCAAGAAAAACUAAGCAUAUAAAUCACAUUAAAUCACAAAUUUAAAGCACAAAUUUAACAAUUUAAAAAACAAAAAUAACCAACAAUUACUUUAAAACAAAAAGCACACCAAAAAUAUCAACAAUGAAUCGUCAAAAAGAAACAGUAUGAUUCUUAAAGAUGACAAGAAUUUGGCAUUAACUUAAAACCUUAAAUUUCCUAACAAUUAAUUAAGUAAAAACUAUUUGCUGGGAGUAUAACAAAUCGAGUAAUGGAAACUCUAAAAAGCUAACAAAGACAUUUCAAGAACAUUCAACACUCGCAACAUUAACUUACCACAUCCAUUAACCACCAACAACGUAGAAGAAACCGCACACAGAGAAGAAAACAAGAUUCUUCAAGAUGGAGCGUAUGUGGCGAAAGGUUAAUCACAGUUUACGCAACACGACCAAAUCACAGGCACAGUCAGCGACUGGUGGCGAGGCAAUCUGCGGUGGUGCUACUGCAGGUGGGACUGCAGCUACGCCCCAGUCCAUGGAUACGAUUAGUUCAGCUGGUGGUUUUGGCGAUGGUCAGCUAGUGGUUGCUGUCCAGGGAUUGGCCAGCGGAUCCAUAACUGCAACCGGCGGCAGCAAUGCCACCGGAAGACGUCUGGCCAGCAGUGGUGGAGGCAUCGGUGGUGGGUGCAACAAGUCACUUAGUCAACAUGUCCUGCAAACGCGUACCGCUUCGUCAGAACGACGCAGGCGACGCAGACGAAAGAGUCGACCACGACGCGGCGGCGGAAUGGGAGUCACCAGUUGUGUCGGCGAUCCUGGCGGAGAUAAUAUGUCUUCCUCGGGCGGUUUUUAUACCCUGAAAGAGCACCAGCACUAUCGUCCUAGCCACCAUCAUGGCGGUGGCAUAUCCGGCGGUGGCGUUGGCUCAUCGCGACGUCUCUUUGCCACUUCGGCGCCCAGCGGCACAGUGAUGAUGUAUCCAAAUCCCCAACGCAACACGGCACUAGCACCAUCGGCAGGAUCUGGAUCCGGACAGGCAACCACUUCGGGAGGUGGUGGUGCUGGAGGAGGAGGAGGUGGAGGAACAGCUGGCGGAUCCGGAUCUGGAGGACAGGCGGACAUUUCACUGCGACAGCGGGCGGUGGCCAAGUUGCGCAUGUUCAACUUCCAUCUCAACUGGGAUCUGCACAUGACGCACUGCAAGCCCUGCGGUCCCCGUUUGAGUGGCAGUGGUGGCAAUAUCAUCACCCGACGCCUUUGCCGCAAUCGUCGGCGGGAGGACAACGAACUGUAUCGCUCUAAUAGCUUCAAGUUCGAGCGUUUCGAAAGGAAGGAGUGCCUGGAAGAGCUAUCCAAUACAUUGCAGAAGCAGAUUGCCAUCUGUGAUGAUUACAGCCUGCCCGUAGACUUUGUUAAAAAACGACCGUCCAGCUUUGAUCCGUGCCUGGCGGAGGCGAUACCAGCGAAUCCCGAACACUGGAUAGCCCCCAGUCCGCAAACAGAGUUUCUGCCAUUUGGUGAAGCCCAACAAGUGUUGCAGCUACCAACAGCAGUAGCAAUAGCAACAUCAGCAACAGCAGCAGCAGCAGCAGCAGCAACAACAUCAGCGGCAGCAGCAGCAGCAGCAGCGGCAAACGCAACAGUAGCAGCACCUCAACUACCGCCCCCGCUGCCCGCCCCAGUGGCAACAUUGCCCAGUCAGGCGGCAACUGCAGUAGCAGCAGCAACAGCUGCAAUUUUGGCCACCCACCAGCAACAACAACAGCAGCAGCAGCAUUUGAACAGCAACAACAACAACAACGGCGGCAAUACACACAGCCAACCGAAUACGCACAACAAUAACAACAACACCUUGCCAGUAGGGGCACAGCAGCAUCAGCAGCAGCAGCAACAGCAACAACGUGCUACCUUGCAACAUCCACCUUUGCCUAAUAGCAACAUCAAGCAGGCAUCGGUGAAACUGAUCGAAGGAUAUUCAGAUCCCAAGGAUACGCGGAAUCACAAGAAGGUCUAUCACAAAAAAGCCAAGAAACGCUCGGGUCCAGGUCACAAGCGUCAUCAGCAGCAGCAACAGUUGCAGCAACAGUUGCAGCAGCAGCAUCAGCCGCAGCAACAGACGUUGCCAACGCCCAGAAGUGCACAUCAGCAGCAACAGCAGCAGCAGCAACAAUUGCAACAACAGCAGCAGGUGCGGCACUCUACCUACAACAACAACAACGGCAACUUGAGGAAGGAUAAACGCAACAGUCAAUAUAACUCAGACUCCUCGGCUCCAAAAUCUUCUGACGACGAGGCGGAUAUCGACGAGGAAGUUGAGCAGCUACCACUGCCCGUGCCCCAAGCUCCGGUCCAGGCUGCUCCCUUAACAGCAGCGAGUCUCAACUCACCGGACUCCAUAUCCGAUGACCUAGUGCGUCCGCUUCCACCACAACUUCAGCGCAGUCCUCGUAAGCUGACCGUAGCUCCUGCAGAGCACAACAAGCGCCAGCCUUCGCCCUACUACUACUCCGAUCUGCUGAAGAGUCGUGACAAGGAUAAGGACAAGGACAAAGACAAGGAUAAGGAUAAGGAACGGGACAAGGAUAGGGAGGAUUUCAAGCUGAAAUGCCGCCAGUCAACGGCCAGUGAACCGCCGCAACAGACUCAAAGUCAAUUGGCUGGCUAUCGCAAGAGUUCCAGCUUGGAUGUGCCGCCGGCGGAGGAGCAACCGGAAGCCGAGAGUCACGAAGAGGAAGAUCCACGUGCGGGCCAGGAUUCACAGUCAACGCCAAAGCGUUAUAGUUUCACCGAGGAGGGCGUACACAUCAUCCGCUGCGAAACGCCAAGCACCAGUACUUCCGAGGAGUCCGAUUGCAGUGAGUGCCUCAAGCGACGCGAGUGGCACGCCCGUGCCUUGGCCUUAGUCCGCAAGACCUGCAACGUCCAGCCAAGGAAUCAGAGUCAGAAUCAGAAUCAGAAUCAGAUUCAGAACCAGAGUCAAGGCCAGAAUCCCACUGGCAGCGAGCUCCAGCUGCAGCUGCAACAUUGCGACGCCGGCGAGGGCGAGCUGCUCAAGUGCUGUCCACCGCCACCGGCUCCAGCGGAGAUCCAGGUCCAGGUCCAGCCGAUGCCACCGCACCGCCUGCUGGGACCAGCAGCCGUGUGCGGAGCCUGCAUCACAUCCGCUCCUGCCUCCUCCUCCUUGGCCGGCGGACGGGGCAGCGAGCCCGGCGAUGAUCUGGAAGAGGAAUACUUCCGGCCGCGCAGCAUCUUCUAUGUGCAUCCGCAUGGCGUCCACGAGUGCGCCGAGUGCGCCCAGCCAGCCCAGCCAGCUACUGUACAACCGCCAACGCUGAGCAAUCCAUCGCUCGAUCUCUACGACGACGACGACGACGACGAGGAGGACGAAGUGGACGGUGACGAGGACGAGGACGAAGAAGAAGACGACUCCGAGGACAUCAUGGGCAGCAGACGGCGUCAGAUCUAUGAGACGGCUUUCGACUGCAAGAUAGCCAAGUCGGAUGAUGAUCUGGAUGAAGUGGAUCGCAUUACCAAUUGCUCGGUCUUGUUGCAGUUGAGUAAUGGCAAUGGUGGUGACAUUGGCAAAGUAACUGGCUCCUCCAAGACACGAGCGGAAUGCAAGAGGGCCAAAAACUCCAAGAAUCAGGCUCUGCAAGAGCAAACGGGCGAGGCCCAUGUCCAGGUGCAUCAGGUGCAAGCGGAGCUGGGCAAACUGCAGCUCAGCCAGGUGGAUCAGCAGAAUCAGAAUCAGGGCCAGCAGCUUGGGGCCACCGGUGUGAGUGGAGUGAGUGCGUCCAGCACUCAACAGCUGCCAGUGCGUGGCUAUACUCCAUCGCCGCCAUCGACGGCUCCGCUGCCAAUGAAAUUUCCCGGCAAACAUGACCGCUACCUGAACAUGAACAGCAUUAGAAGUGCACCCAAUCUGCCCGCCGCCAAUCCAGCGCAUCCACGUCUCCGGGAUCUCCGCUUGCCCAUACAGUCCAUGCGGCAUCAGUGCGGCGGCAGUAGCAAUAGCAAUGACAACAGUCUCACCGACAGCGCCUAUGUUAAUCCGCCCUCAACUAAUUCCAAUUCGAAUGCAGCCUCGGGUUCUGCAUCGGCAUCCGUCUCAGCAACGGGAUCGGCAGCACCACGCCGGCCGAGAUCUUUUGUCUUGGAGUCCGGUAGAGUAUUGGAACUACGUCGCAGUGCCCAGGGUGGUCAUCAUCAUCAUCAGCAGGGUGGCCAGUCGGCACAUCAUCACCAUCAUCAUCAUCAUCAUGGUCCCGGUAGCAGGAGGAAUCGUCAUGGCCAGGGACAUGGACAGACAGCAGGUGGCCAUAACUAUAGCAGCACGGAAAGCAUUGCCACCUCGAGCAGUGGUGGCAGCAUGGAAUCACUGCGUUCCAGCACCAGUGAGGGUAAUCGCAGCACCUCUAGUUCCGAGUCGCGUCACUCCAGUUCCCUGAGUUCCCAUAGUUCGGAAAGCGGUAGCGGUGGCAGUGGUGGCUCCAGUGUAGCCUAUCCAUUGCGACCGGCACCCCUUCUGCUACACUCCAAGCUGCACAUCCUCAGUCCCAUUUCCGAUAAGUCUUCACAGGAACCGGCCUCGGCCAGUGCCUCAGAGCAAUCACAGCAGCCGUCCCAGGCGCCGAUGGCGGCGCAGGAGGAGGAUUCAAGUGGCGCCGUCCCAGCAGGCACUACCAAUGUCCAGGUGAAUACCUCCCUGAAGCAACCGCGCAAUCGUAGUGCUCCAAACAAAGCCCUGCUCCAUCUGGCCGAUGAGCUAUUAGGUUCGGAUAGUGGAAUAUCGUUGCAUUCCCGGGAGGAGGGCAAACCCCAGGCUUUGGCCCUGCAGCGUUUAACGCUUCCCAAACUUCAGCUAAUCGGAGCCGAAGGAACAGCCUCUGUGGCGGGAAAUUCAGCAACUGGUAGCAGUGCGGCUGGAGCAUCUGGUUCGGGUUCAGGAGCAGCAGGUGGUUCAGCGAGUAUACCCCAGGAUUUGCGUGAUCUGCCCUUCGAUAUGCCCAAGCUGCGGCGCCGCAAGACGCUGCAACAGGAGGCCGCCUGUACAUCGGGCAGUGCCACAUCCGUGGAUCUCGGCGAGCUACCUUUUGAUAUGCCCAAGUUGCGACGUCGCCUGCGGGCCAAUCAGGCGGAGAUCAAUAAUCUGUUGAUGCACAGCACCGAAUCCAGCGGUAUCUCACAGGCCUCCUCCAGUCAUUCGAUGCGAGACGAUCAGAAGUUGGCCAGCAAGCUGGAUACAGCACUUUUCCGUCAGAACCUCACUUUAAACCUAAACGAAUCGCGACAGGCCACCAAGCAGUUUGGCAGCCUGGAUCUGCGAGGUCUCAAUAGCAACAAGGAGCUGAACAUGAACCUCAGCCAGGGAUAUGUCACCGCGGUGGACUUGAUCGAUGUCACCAUUCCACUAGAGCGCCAGGGAUGGUACCAUGGCGCCAUAACGCGAGUUGAGGCGGAGACCACGCUACGUCCGCUGUCCGAGGGUUCCUUUCUGGUGCGCAAUUGCGAGUCCACAAAGCAGGACUACUCGCUGUCCCUGAAGGGCGCCAAGGGCUUCAUGCACAUGCGGAUCCAGCGCAACGAGACCGGCCAGUAUAUUCUGGGCCAGUUUAGCCGUCCCUUCGAGACGGUGCCGGAGAUGAUCCGUCACUUUUGCCUCAACCGGCUGCCAGUUCGCGGUGCCGAGCACAUGUGUCUGAUCGAGCCGGUCAUUGCCCAGCUGCUCUAGACAGGAUCUAGACAGGAUCCAGAGAGAGAGAGAGAUCUUUGGAGGGUACCAAACAGAAUAACAUAUUAAUAGCGUGUAGAGGACUUAGGAACCUAUGUGAACAACACUGUAUAAGCACUAGUUAUAUGCGAGAGAUAGUUGUAGAGUAGAACGGGGAAGAUGGCAAACAUUGUUUUUUUUUUGUUCUUUGCCUCGAAUUUUGUAUGUCGGUGUAGUAGAGAAGGAGAAGGAAAGGUAUAAUAUUAAUAAUACACCCCACUCACUCUGAC